AUGACUUCGGAAAUGUCAUCAGCGUCGAAUUCGAAAAAACGUCGAAUAAUGAUAAUUACUGCUGAUGAAAGUAUUAUUGAACAAAUUCAAGCUAAUUGUAAUGGAUCAUUACUUAAAUCAAUUAUAUUGGAUUCAGAUGGUGAUAAUGUUGAAUUUUCUCAUUCAAAUAUUAAUAAUACACAAUCAUCUGAUGUUCAACCAACAAAUUCUAAAAAACAAAAGACAGGUUUAUUAACAUGUGUUGUUUGUGGUUCACCAGCAAAUGGAUAUAAUUUUGAUGCAAUAUCAUGUGAAAGUUGCAAAGCUUUCUUUCGUCGAAAUGCUCUUAAAGAUCCAAAAACAUUUGAAUGUCGUCGAUCUAGUGAUUGUGAUGUUACAUUAGAAUCACGUCGUCGUUGUGCAGGAUGUCGAUUACAAAAAUGUUUAAAAAAUGGAAUGACACGUGAUCGACUUUUAACAUCUGAACAAAAAGCAAUAAAACUUCGUCAAAUUGAAGAAAAUCGGAAUUCAACAUUAAAAAUAAAUAGCAAUAAUGAUAAAUUAUCUUUAAAAAUUGAUCCGGAAAUAAUCGAAGAAAAACCUCAAAAAUUAUUUUCAAAAACUGAUCAGGAAAUAGUGGAAGAAAAACCUCAAAAAUUAUCUUCAAAAAUUGACCAGAAAAUAAAGGAAGAAAAACCUCAGCUAUUAAAAACUGUAGAUAGUGCUCAUGUGGCAACAUUGGAAAAUACAAAUCUUCUUUUUACUAAAGAUGUUACUGAUCUUUUACGAAAUGAAUCAUCAUUGGAACCACGAACACCGCUUAGUCCAGAAGAUUUACAACGGGUAGAAACUAUUAAACUCUCAUAUGAACAACGUAUUGAAUUUGCGGCUCGUGAUGGCCUUCCUUGGGACCCUUCCGUAUAUGCAACUACUGUCUUAGAACAGGUGAAUUCCCGAUCAGUAUCAGCUUUAAGACUUAUAUCUUUCUUCAAACAAGUACCUGAAUUUAAUGAAAUAAAUGUUCAAGAUCGAAUUACAUUAAUAAAAUAUAAUCUAAUGCCGCUUACCAUGUUAAAUUAUACACUCUCAUAUAAUACAGAAACUGCAACAAUUAGAGAAGCAGAAGUUGAUGCUCCUUGGGACACAUCGAUACUAUCAAGAGUUCAUGGUGAAGAUAUUUGUAAACGUGCUAAAAAAAUUUUUGACUCAUUUGUAGGUAUUUCACAGAAUGAUCCACGAAUAAUGCAAUUAGCACUUAUUAUACUUGUUCUGACUAAAGGAUUUUCAACAAAUAGUGGUUCAUCUGAACCUAUUCUUGAUGAUGGUAUAGCUGUAUAUCGUGCACAAAAUUUUUACACGGAACUUUUAUGGAAAUAUUUAGAAGCAAAAUAUGGAUAUGGAGAAGCUAUUGAUAUAUUUAAUAAACUUGUUAUGCAUUUUAUUUCUUGGCAAACUCUUCAUAAAGAUAUGGCACAUAAUUUUUUUAAUGUAUUAACACCUGCAGAAGUGAAUGAAUUAUUACCAAUCAUGAAAUCAUUAAUACAUAUUCCACAGAAAAAAUAA